AUGGUGCCUAAGAGCUUUCUGAUACCCUCAAAAGCCCCAAAUAGGAAUCCUGCAAUUAGUGCAUCUAACUCCUCCUCUACUGCAGUCUCUUCUCCUAUUGGUAAAAGGUCUUCGCAGGCUCAUGUGGGGAUCCCACCCCUUUUGUGGGUUUUCAUUCUGAAGCUAUCCACAACUUUACACCUGAAUGAAUGCCAAGCCUCUGAAUAUAUAAAGGAAACCUUCAAGACCAAUUUCAGAGUAACCCAGAAGAAGCAGAAGAAAAAAGAUUUCAUCCAGCUCUGUCAGACGACUGAACCAACCAUGCUUCUCCCUGCCAUUCACUUCUACGGCUUUCUCCUAGCUUGCAUCUUCACAAAAAGCUACUUGGCUUUCAAGAACGAUGCCACAGAGAUACUUUAUUCGCACGUUGUUAAACCUGCUGCAGCGAGCCAAGGCAGCAAUAGCACGUUGAAUCAAGCCAGGAAUGGAGGCAGGCACUACACCAGCACUGGAUCCGACCGGAACA